UACCUCUUCCCCGAUGACGUAGAAACCCCAAUGGCGGCCGCAGUGAUGAAUCCGAGCGGGGAUUGUUCCACCGGCAACGAGUCCAUUAAUAAAAUAUCCAGCUCCUCCGGCUGCCUGAGUUCGCUUCUGAAAGCGGUGGUAGACUUCGGGAGAGAGCUCAAAUUAGGCGACGCCGCGCUAAGAGUGGAUGUCAACAUGGAUGCCGUAUGUCUUCAGGAUUUGGACGCCGCUCACAUAUACAGCUGUUUGCAGGAGCACAUUACUAAGUUGCAGGCUGUGUCAGAAAGCCUGAGGAGCCUAACGGACGCAUCAUUAGCGACGGAGAAUGAGAUGACACCACAGUGUUCCGUGUCCAUGUCGGCUCUUGAAGACCCGACGCUCACCGACGGCGCAGAAGAGGCAAACGGCGACGUCCUGGUUCAGAUCCGAGCCGCCAAGUCCGAGAUUGAACGGAGAAUAUCUGCAUUUAUGGAGCGCAAGCAAAUGGAGAUCAAUGAAAACAACGUGCGGGAGUUUUGCAACGUGAUCGACUGCAAUCAGGAGAACAGCUGUGCCAGAACAGAUGCUGUGUUUACGCCAUACCCGGGAUUUAAAAGCCACGUCAAAGUCACACGGGUGGUGAACACAUACGGGCCUCAAACCUGUGCGGGGGGCCAAGGAAAGGCCGGCGAUCCGGCGCGAGGGUCCCUGGCGCGCGACUGCGGAAAUUCGGCCAUCGAGGAACGCCUCAACAACAUCGAAUUCCACCUCAAGCUCCCGACAGCGGGUCCGGUUCCGUUGAACGUGUACCAGAGGUUGAAGAAACUGGAGGACCGCAUCCUGCAGUUGGAGGGACUCUCGCCAGAGUACUUCCAGUCCUCGAACCUCGCACACAAACGACCCAAGACGUCACCUACUCAGGCCUGCAGCUUGAUGGAGCUGGAUGAAAAGAUCAGCGCCGUCAAGGCGGCCCUGCUGAAGAAGGCCAACGAGUUCGGACCGGCAUACGGACCAGAGUACGCGCUCUGACCUAAGGUGGAAUAAUAAUAAUAAUAAUAAUAAUAAUUUUAUACUAGUAAGCCCUGCACAAAAAUAGAAAUGCAACCCUUUAUUGCAUCAUUCAUUUCAUACUAGUGUAGUACUGUAGUACCCACUAAUACUAACACUAGUACAUUAUUGUCUCAGUUCAUAGGUUGCGUUUAUAUUUUUGUUGACAAAUUGACAACAGGAAGAAACCCGGGGUAUCGGUUAUCAAUGAUUGCACUAAUUGACGAGCAGACAAAAGCAAACAUGCCGCUAACACGGAGGCGUUCGCCGCGGCGCGUAAUUGAAGAGGAAGCCGAGCGAGGGCACCUGAUUUCUGCGCCCCCGACUGCUGCGCGCUGACGAUGAGCGCUAAUGGUUGUCAUUAUGACAAAUGACCUGAUUACUUGAUACUCUUGUUUGCGAAACAUUAAAAAGGGGACACCGCUGUCGUCGUCGUCGUUUGACUGCGGGUAAUUAUGUUUUUGCGCAAUAUGUUGUAAAUAAAAAGAGUAUGUCAAAUUGAGGUGAAAUAGGUUAUACCAGGGGUCUCAAACACGCGGAAACACGCACCCAGAAAAAAUGGGUCUAGCUUGCUAGUUUGCGAGACCCUGCAGUUGCGCGAUAUGUUGUAAAUCAGGGGUCUCAAACACGCGGCCCGCGGCCCCCAACUGUGGCCCGCCGGACACUAGUUUGAGGCCCCCGCCUCGAUAUGAAAGUUUAAUGUUACUGCGGAUGCUGUAUGGUAUCAUGUACCCAGAAAAAAUGAUUACGUUUGAUUCAUGUUCAUGUUAAAGGUUAAAUAACUGUUAAUAGUUAUCCUCCCUAUCCGUGUGGAAGUGGUAAGUUUUUGGCUAUUUAAGUUUAAAGAAAAUAACUCGAAGGCUACCGUUUAGGUCGCUGGCUCUCUAGUUUGCGAGACCCUGCAGUUGCGCAAUGUGUUGUAAAUCAGGGGUCUCAAACACGCGGCCCGCGGGCCAAAUGUGGCCCGCAGGACACUACUUUGAGGCCCCCGCCUUGAUAUGAAAGUUUAAUGUUUGAUAUGGAUGCUGUAUGGUAUCAUGUACCCGAAAAAAAUUAAUACGUUUUUAUUAAUGUUCAUGUUAAAGGUUAAAUAACUGUUAAUAGUUAUCCUCCCUAUCCGUGUGGAAGUGGUAAGUUUUUGGCUAUUCAAGUUGAAAGGAAAUAACUUGAAGGCUACCGUUUAGGUCGCUGGCUCUCUAGUUUGCGAGACCCUGCAGUUGCGCAAUGUGUUGUAAAUCAGGGGUCUCAAACACGCGGCCCGCGGGCCAAAUGUGGCCCCCUAGGACACUACUUUGAGGCCCCCGCCUUGAUAUGAAAGUUUAAUGUUUGAUAUGGAUGCUGUAUGGUAUCAUGUACCCGGAAAAAAUGUAUACGUUUUUAUUAAUGUUCAUGUUAAAGGUUAAAUAACUGUUAAUAGUUAUCCUCCCUAUCCGUGUGGAAGUGGUAAGUUUUUGGCUAUUCAAGUUGAAAGGAAAUAACUUGAAGGCUACCGUUUAGGUCGCUGGCUCUCUAGUUUGCGAGACCCUGCAGUUGCGCAAUGUGUUGUAAAUCAGGGGUCUCAAACACGCGGCCCGCGGGCCAAAUGUGGCCCGCAGGACACUACUUUGAGGCCCCCGCCUUGAUAUGAAAGUUUAAUGUUUGAUAUGGAUGCUGUAUGGUAUCAUGUACCCGGAAAAAAAUUAAUACGUUUUUAUUAAUGUUCAUGUUAAAGGUUAAAUAACUGUUAAUAGUUAUCCUCCCUAUCCGUGUGGAAGUGGUAAGUUUUUGGCUAUUCAAGUUGAAAGGAAAUAACUUGAAGGCUACCGUUUAGGUCGCUGGCUCUCUAGUUUGCGAGACCCUGCAGUUGCGCAAUGUGUUGUAAAUCAGGGGUCUCAAACACGCGGCCCGCGGGCCAAAUGUGGCCUGCAGGACACUACUUUGAGGCCCCCGCCUUGAUAUGAAAGUUUAAUGUUUGAUAUGGAUGCUGUAUGGUAUCAUGUACCCGGAAAAAAUUAUUACGUUUGAUUCAUGUUCAUGUUAAAGGUUAAAUAACUGUUAAUAGUUAUCCUCCCUAUUAGUGUGGAAGUGGUAAGUUUUUGGCUAUUUAAGUUGAAAGGAAAUAACUCGAACUUUUUUUGUUUUUUUUUAAAAACCUGAUGCGGCCCAGUCUCACCCAGACCGGAGCUCCAGUGGCCCCCAAGUGAAUUGAGUUUGAGACCCCUGUUCUAAGUCAAUUGUCAGAUGUCAAAGCGUUGUUGAGAAAUGUCACAUUGAAUGGAUUGCAUUGUAGUGGGGUUUUUUUGUCCGUCCCUUCCACGGAAAUGGGAAGUUUUUUUUUCCCCGUCUAUAUUUUUUAAUCCGGUGAACCUGAUUUGUUGGCGGGAUUCCGUCUGUGGAUGUUAGACUGGAAUGUUCCAGCCAACAAGGGGGCCGAAAUGUGCAGGAACCACUUGAGCUUUGCUACAACGUUGACAAAUGGGGGUUGGUUUGCAUGAGGGGGGGGUAUGGGGGGGGUGGUGCGUUCAGGGAAGGGGUUGUCCAUUGUUCCUUCGGAGCUUUUGUCUCAGACGCGGUCCCCUCAUGAGGGUUAAUGAGGACAAAUUGGUCCAAGGCUAACAAAUGGAUUAUGCCGCGGGACAAAAGAUUGUAUUUUGGGGGCCCGCGUUGGCCGGACUCCGCCCAUCAUGUUCCCAUUGAGGGCGGCUCGCUCGCCGGCGUCUGCCUCAAGUGCCUCGCCAAAUAUCUCAUUAUCUUCAUCCUGCCUGUUUGAAUUCAUGUCGCUUCCCUCCGGGGAUUUCAGCUGGCUGUGGACUGUACCAUUUUACAGGAGCCAGGACUUUCUAUGUCGUUAUUUCGACUUUCUAUCUCGUUAUUUCGACUUUCUAUCUCAUUAUUUCGAUUUUCUAUCUCAUUUCGACUUUAUCUCGUUAUUUUGACUUUUUAUCUCGUUAUUUCAACUUUCUAUCUCGUUAUUUCGAUUUUCUAUGUCAUUAUUUCGAUUUUCUAUCUCAUUAUUUUGACUGUCUAUCUCGUUAUUUCGACUUUCUAUCUCGUUAUUUCGACUUUCUAGCUCAUUAUUUUGACUUGGACUGUACCAUUUUACAGGAGCCAGGACUUUCUAUGUCGUUAUUUCGACUUUCUAUCUCGUUAUUUUGACUUUCUAUCUCAUUAUUUCUACUUUCUAUCUCGUUAUUUUGACUUUCUAUCUCGUUAUUUUGACUUUCUAUCUCAUUAUUUUGACUUUCUAUCUCAUUAUUUCGAUUUUCUAUCUCAUUUUGACUUUCUAUCGUUAUUUCGACUUUCUAUCUCGUUAUUUCGACUUUCUAUCUCGUUAUUUCGACUUUCUAUCUCAAAAUUUUGACUUUUUAUCUCAAAAUUUUGACUUUCUAUCAUUAUUUUGACUUUCUAUCUUGUUAUUUCGACUUUAUCUCGUUAUUUUGACUUUUUAUCUCGUUAUUUUGACUUUUUAUCUCGUUAUUUCAACUUUCUAUCUCGUUAUUUCGAUUUUCUAUGUCAUUAUUUCGAUUUUCUAUCUCAUUAUUUUGACUUUCCAUCUCGUUAUUUCGACGUUCUCUCUCAAAAUUUUGACCUUCUAUCAUUAUUUUGACUGUCUAUCUCGUUAUUUCGACUUUCUAGCUCAUUAUUUUGACUUGGACUGUACCAUUUUACAGGAGCCAGGACUUUCUAUGUCGUUAUUUCGACUUUCUAUCUCGUUAUUUUGACUUUUUAUCUCAUAAUUUCGACUUUAUAUCCAAAUUUGACUUUUUAUCUCGUCAUUUUGACAUUUUCUCAUAUAUUUCGACUUUCUAUCUCGUUAUUUUGACUUUCUAUCUCAUUAUUUCUACUUUCUAUCUCAUUUUUACUUUCUAUCGUUAUUUCGACUUUCUAUCUCAAAAUUUUGACUUUCUAUCUCAAAAUUUUGACUUUCUAUCAUUAUUUUGACUUUCUAUCUCGUUAUUUUGACUUUUUAUCUCGUUAUUUUGACUUUUUAUCUCGUUAUUUCGACUUUUUAUCUCGUUAUUUUGACUUUUUAUCUCGUUAUUUCAACUUUCUAUCUCGUUAUUUCGACUUUCUAUCUCAUUAUUUCAACUUUCUAUCUUGUUAUUUCGAUUUUCUAUGUCAUUAUUUCGAUUUUCUAUCUCAUUAUUUUGACUUUCCAUCUCGUUAUUUCGACGUUCUAUCUCAAAAUUUUGACGUUCUAUCUCGUUAUUUUCACUUUCUAUGUUAUUUUGACUUUCUAUCUCAUUAUUUCGACUUUCUAUCUCGUUAUUUCGACUUUCUAUCUCGUUAUUUUGAUUUUCUAUCUCAUUAUUUUGACUUUCUAUCUCAUUAUUUUGACUUUCUAUCUCGUUAUUUUGACUUUCUAUGUCGUUAUUUCGAUUUUCUAUCAUUAUUUUGACUUUCUAUCUCAUUAUUUCAACCUUCUAUCUCGUCAUUUUGACUUUCUAUCUCGUUAUUUUGACUUUCUAUCUCGUUAUUUCGACUUUCUAUCUCGAAAUGUUUACUUUUCAUCUCCAGUGUGUAGUAUUCCACACUGGAUGUCAGUAAUGUUACAGCGAUGAGACAAUAGCCACCACAGGAAGUACUUUACAGAAACCAGAAGUAAAAACUACGUCACUCUCCCGUUGCUAACUCGGGUCUUAUUUUCGGUAAUACUAGUGGAAGAUGAUUACAGUGUUUGAUGUUUGUGCAUGUUCUUCCCCCGUGUUUUCCGGUUUCCUCCCACAUUCCAAAAAACAUGCUAGGCUAAUUAGCGACUCCAAAUUGUCCAUAGGUAUGAAUGUGAGUGUGAAUGGUUGUUUGUCUAUAUGAGCUGUGAGCAAUUGUACAUGCCGAAUGAAGGCACGAGUUACACGGCUGUAAAUGAAGCGUCGGGUUUAACAAGGAUACAAAAACGCUACGUACAAGACAUGAUUAUUGAUGAUCGACCAGCAUGCUAAUGUCAAUAUCGUGUCGAUAUUCGGCCGUGACUUUGUUAUUUCCAGAAGCGCUGCGUCCUCGUCGGCGGUUAGCGGUUAGCGCUUAGCGCUCCAGGUCACACGGGCACCAUGCAGCCUUUCACGCUAACAAAGGAACCACUUCCACAUUGACUCGAACUAAUUCCUGCCUGUCAAUCAGCCCCCACGUCGCACCAAGUCCUUGGGAACCGGUGUGAAAAGACACAGAGGUGUUCCUUGUGCCCCCUUUUUUUUUUUUGGGUGCGCUUGUUUUUUUUUUUUUUUUUGGCUAGGUCGCAGAGAGAGGAUUCAUAUCUAUUCAUAUCUCAGCAACUCUUAAUGGGCUGCAGGCCCUCCAAGAGAGAAAGCUCUUUCCUGUGACUAGUCAGCUCCAGUCUUUAUUCAGCGGCGGCUCCGUGUCAAAAAAAAAGACUGUUGCUCGUUUGAGCCGCCAAACAAUGAGGAACAAGGCUGAAUCUCGAGCUGGGGGGGGGGGGGACAAAGGACAGAAAACAGGCUUUUCACUCUGCAGAACAUUAGAUUCUGACACAUUUUGCCAUGGCAGUUUUUCCGCUUCCCGACCCCCCCCACCCCCUUUUUCCUCCCCAUCAUCCUGAGUGCUGUGGCUCUGGUCUUCUAAAGAGACCACCUGUUGGCAACAAGCCUGUUCUUCAUUACAGGCAGGCCCAUUAUCACAGGGUGAGGAGCGCCACAGGCUAACUUUUUUAGCUUAACCCUGAAGAGCUGUCGAAAAAAAACGCAGGCUCGGAACGGGAAAAUGUUGCUUUUUUUUUUUUUUUUAAUAUUAUAAUAUUAUAAUAUAAAUAUAAUAAUAUUAUAUAUAUAUAUAUAUAAUUGUCACUUUCUGUUAAACAUUGUGCUCAAUUUUUUAAAUGAUGUGAAAUCAAUCAUUUAAAUUUUUUGCCGCCAAGUGUAUAUAAUUUUCAAUAAAAAUAUGAAUUAUAGAUGUACAGUAUGGUUCAUGUGAAAAUGUAUAGUUUGGCAUAUUUAGAUAUAGAAACCUGCUAAUUUUUUCGGCAAAAAAAAAUUAAAAAAAUCAAAAGAAAUGGUAAAUAGUAUUAAAAAUAAUAUUUUAUAUAUAAAAAAUAUAUAUACAACAUAUAAAAAAAUAUAUAAAAUAUUUUAUAUAAAAAUAAUAUUUUUAAAUUAUUUUAGCACAUGACAUUAUUUUCCUGGAAAUAGUUAAUAACGAAAAAAGUGUCAGAAAAAGACGAUUCCACUCAUUUGGUGAAUUUUUUUUGCAUGAUCCUUGAUGUCAGAAUUUAAAAAAAAUUCAAAAGAAAUGGUAAAUAAUAUUGAAAAUAAUAUGUUAUGUAUAAAAAAUAUUUUUCCGCUUCCCGACCCCUAAACGGUAGCCUUCAAGUUAUUUCCUUUCAACUUAAAUAUCCAA